ACUCGGGAAUACACGCAUACCUACCAAACGGGUUACGCGAACCUCGGUAAUGGACAGCCGGCUAAGUUGUUCUCGUCGUGGGAUAAGCAGACUGUGGACACACACUUCAAAUGGAUGAAAGAGGUGACUAUCCUGUCCCUUGAAGUGUGGUCUGUUCUGUGCUGCAAAAGGAACAACAUCGAUACGGCGGCGCUUCAGCGGUUCGCGAGUGGCGUUAAGCGCAACCCAAUCGAACAGAAAAGUUUGAACGGUGUGGCCGACAACGUCAGAGAGGCCGCCGAGGCUCACGACCGCAAGUUUUACAUCAUGUGGGAUAUCACCGAUUGGAAUAACUUCGCGACAGAAAUCAUCGAAGACUACGACAACAACAUCAAGCGCCUGUUGUCCAGUAAGGCCUACGCCCACCAAAACGGUAAACCCGUGGUCUGCAUCUGGGGCUUCGGGUUUAACGAAAGACCGCAGGACACGAAGGGCGCCAUUGCCCUCAUCGCGCACUUCAAGCAACAGGGUCUCUAUGUGGCGGGCGGUGUGCAGACCCAGUGGCGCACCGACACCACCGCCUGGAAGGACGUCUACACGAAGCUCGAUAUGUUGCAGCCCUGGACUGUCGGCCGCAUGCGGAACAUCAAAGAGGCCGAGAAUUACAAGACGACAUUGGAGGCCGACCACAGCCUACUAAAGCAGCAUAACAUAGACUUUCAGCCGGUUCUAUUCCCGGGUUUCACGUGGGCUAAUUGGCAAUCUAAGGCUGUACGCAAUCAGAUCCCGCGUGAGCAUGGUGAUUUCAUGUGGCGUCAAUUCGUGAACGUACGAGAGCUGGACAUCCCGUCGUGUUAUGUGGCGAUGUUUGACGAGUACGACGAGGGGACGGCCAUCGCAAAGGCGGCCGAGAAUAAGUCAAUGAUUCCGACAGACCAGUAUUUCCUGACGAUGGACGCCGACGGGGUGGCCGUCAGCGCCGACUUCUACCUCCGACUCGCCGGCGAUGGCAACCGAAUGAUGCAAAAGCAGAUACCGUUGACUCAAACGCAUCCCACAAAACACUACCCGUAAUGCCAUAUAUAUGUCAUU